AUGGAAGUUAAAGCAAUGGAAUACCAAGAAGGAGAAGAGAUUCAUAACUGUUUGAUUAAGCAGAGAGAUAAUCCCAAAAGGAGAAGGGAUAAGGUUUACAUUGGCUGUGGAGCAGGGUUUGGUGGUGACAGGCCUUUGGCUGCUCUUAAACUGCUUCAAAGAGUUGAAGAACUGAAUUAUUUAGUCCUUGAAUGCUUGGCUGAGCGUACUCUUGCUGAUCGAUAUCAAAUUAAGUCGUCUGGCGGCGAUGGUUAUGAUUCCCAGAUUUCUAGCUGGAUGAAUAUGCUGUUGCCUCUGGCUUUUGAACGAGGAACUUGCAUAAUUACCAAUAUGGGUGCUAUGGAUCCUCUGGGUGCUCAACAGAAGGUCUUAGAAAUAGCUACUGCACUCGGGCUUGAUGUCUCUGUCGCUGUUGCUCAUGAGGUGUCUGUUACAGAUUUAGGUUCAGGAUUUUCACCUAAAAAAAUAUAUAUCACAGAGGGUGGUAUCAGCACCUACUUGGGAGCUGCUCCUAUUGUUCAAUGUCUUGAGAAGUACCAACCAAAUGUAAUAAUCACAUCAAGACUUGCAGAUGCUGCUUUAUUCUUAGCACCUAUGGUUUAUGAACUUGGUUGGAACUGGGAUGAGUUAGAGCAUCUAGCUCAAGGAUCUCUGGCUGGCCAUCUUCUAGAAUGUGGUUGUCAACUCACAGGAGGAUAUUUCAUGCAUCCAGGAGACAAGUACCGUGAUAUGUCCUUCCAGCAACUACUGGAUUUAUCACUUCCUUAUGCUGAAAUCCGUUUUGACGGAGAGGUGUGUGUGGCAAAGGCUGAAGGUAGUGGCGGAGUAAUAAAUUUCAAUACAUGUGCUGAACAAUUACUCUACGAGAUUGGAGAUCCCAGUGCUUAUGUGACUCCUGAUGUAGUCAUUGACUUUCAGGAUGUUUCCUUCCUUCCAUUAUCAAGCAGUAGAGUACUUUGUUUUGGGGCAAAGCCAUCUACUAUAUCAGGUCCUGAUAAACUUUUGCAGUUAGUUCCAAAGGAUUGUGGUUGGAAAGGAUGGGGAGAGAUAUCUUAUGGAGGCUAUGAAUGUGUUAAACGUGCCCAAGCAGCUGAAUUUGUGGUUAGAUCAUGGAUGGAAGAAAUAAUUCCUGGUCUUAAUCACCAUAUACUUUCUUAUCUGAUUGGGUAUGAUAGCCUCAAAGCUUUUAGCAGCGAUGAAAAUGCUUCGCCGCAGAGGACUAGUGAAGAUAUUAGGUUACGCAUGGACGGACUUUUUGAGCAGAAAGAACACGCUAUCCAGUUUACCAGAGAGUUUACGGCAUUGUAUACAAACGGGCCAGCUGGUGGUGGAGGUAUCAGUACUGGAUAUAAGAAAGAGAUUCUUCUAGAAAAACAUUUGGUUAACCGUGAAGAUGUUUUCUGGCGAAUUGGGAUAAAGAGAAGCACAAAAAGCCAGUCAAACGCAGUAGUUGAUCAUGAAUACAAUCUGAAGCACAUAUCGACAUUGCAACCAAAGUUACAAUCCGAAACUGACAAAUCCUCGGAAUUUGUUUCAUCUUGUAGAAGUUCCACACCAGCUCCAUCGGGACAGAAGAUUCCACUUUACAAUGUAGCACAUAGCAGAGCUGGAGAUAAAGGAAAUGACAUUAAUUUUUCCCUCAUCCCACAUUUUCCUCCUGAUAUCAAGAGAUUGAAACCAAUCAUCACAUGUGAAUGGGUAAAAUCAGUUCUCUCACCACUUCUAGAUAUGUCUUGUUCUCUUGAUUUCGAUGCAAGAGAUCAAAGAGAUAAAUUUGUCGGUGAAAAUGUUAAUGUUGAGAUAUAUGAAGUUAAGGGAAUCCAGUCACUGAAUAUUGUUGUCAGGAACAUCUUAGACGGCGGUGUCAACUGUUCGCGAAGAAUUGAUCGGCAUGGAAAGACCAUUUCGGAUCUCAUAUUGUGCCAACAAGUUGUGUUGCCACCAUGA